AGGAAAAAUUACAAGAAGAAGAAGAAGAAUAAGGAAAACAUCACAGACAGCAGCAGGGUGAUGGAGUUCCCUCAGCAUUCACAGCAGCUGCUGUCAGCUCUGCGGUCCCAGCGCCAGCGGGGCUUCCUCUGUGACUGCACUGUCGCGGUGGGCUCAUCUCGUUUCCUGGCUCACAAGGCAGUUUUGGCCUCCUGCUCGCCUUUCUUCCACAUGUUCUACUCAGACUCUCCAGGGGUCAGUGUCGGGAACAACAGCAGCAGCAGCAGCAGCAGCAGCAGCAGCUCUGUCACACUUGACAGCGACAUCGUCACUGCUGCUGCUUUUGGCUUGCUCUUGGACUUUGUCUAUGAGGGUGUGCUGCAGCUGAAUGAGUCUCCACCAGUGGAGGAUGUACUGGCUGCUGCAAGUUUUCUGCACAUGAACGAGGUGGUGAGAGUAUGCAAGAGACGACUGCAGAGACGAGGGCCUCUGGCUGAGGCAGACAGCACCCGCUCAGAGGAGAGUACCGGAGCUAGGAGGGCCACAGAGACAGGGAGGCAGGGUGGGGGGGAUGGUGGUGCUGGGCCAAUGCUUGCUAUGGCAGAUCACUUGAAUCAAGUAGCAACUAUAGCAUCACUCUCAUCAGCAACCACAGCAGAGAAGAAUCAGCUGGAGGCUGUGAAGUCUGAGGAGAGGACAGCUGAGGAGUUUUACAAGUCAAGAGCUCAGACUCCUCUGAGCCCAAACCUAGCUGAUACCACACAGCCUGGCAUGGAUGUAAUUCUUCUGCCCCAGAGCGGAGAGCUGGUGCCUGGCCGGUCUGAUCCUGUCUCAGGAGGUCAUGUGAGGUUAAGGCAUGGAGGUCAGGGUGAGGGGUCGGCACUUUGCAGUCCAUGCAGCUCUACAGAAUCCUACAGUGGUAACCAGCAGCCCUCCUCAUCCUCUUCCUCCCUGGUGGCACUGAGCCAUGCUAGAGGUCGGUCAGUGGUUGCUCUUUCAAAUUCAGAAUCAAGCCUCUGCUCCAGCCCCCUUCAGCAAGGCACACAAAGACUACCCAGUGAUGACUCUGUUUGGAACCCCUCAGAGUGUGACCUCAGAGCUGCAUCAGGUGGAGGACAGCAGAUAGUCAUGUUAAUCCAAACACCAGCAGGAACUUCACACAGAGAAACAAACCCUAAACACACACAAUCGCAGAGCGAGUUUCCUCAGAUCCGAAUCCAGAGUGCUGUGUCGCUCCAACACCAAAGUUUGGACUUUCCCUCUGUUCAGACUCGAACUCUGAAGGGGCCUGAGCAGCAUACAGGAGCUUAUCCCAUAGUUAGAAAAGAGACAUCAUAUAAUGAUGAAGUGAGGACAGAUGAUAAAGAUGAGGAGAAUGUGAAAAUCAAAGUGGAGGCCAUUGUUAUAUCUGACGAGGAGCUAGAGGAAGAAACAGAGGAGAGCAGAGAGAGAGAAGAAGUGAUGGAUGUAGAUGAUGAGUUUGAAGAUGAAGUCCAGGAUGAGGACCUGAACAAUCCCCAGUUUCCUUCCUCCCACCCACAGGGCCUCUUACACAUGACCGCCCAAUCCAAUGACUUUUCCUACCCACUCUCUCCCUCCUCCUCCUCAUCAGGCGCUGGCCCCUCCUCCCAGGACACUUCCUCCUUCCCGGCCUCCAACCAUCCUCCACCCACAGCGCCGAAUCAGUCAGACCCUCCUGGCUAUUUCCAGGACUUCCAGGACACUAUGGAGAAUUUUGCAGAAGAUGUCCCCACAUGUGAAGCCUGUGGAAAGACAUUCUCGUGUACAUACACACUAAGGCGCCACGCCAUUGUGCACACACGUGCACGUCCUUAUGAGUGUCACUACUGCUACCGGAGCUACACACAAUCUGGCGACCUGUACCGGCACAUUCGCAAAGCUCACGAUCGCUCACUGCGCACCAAACGCACUAAGGUCGACAAUGAGAUCUUAGAGCCUCCACAACCUCCACCGCCACCACCAAUACCACCUCUCCUGUAACACACAUAACACAACUGUAUUUAUACUCUUCCUCACACGUACCUACAGUUCAACCUUAGUAUCUGAACUUUAAUCCAGUGGAUAGCAACAAAAUGUUCUUAAUUUCAAGCUUAACUCAAACCUUCCGGCUUUCUAUCCAAAUAUUGUCAUUUAUUUUUAUAAACCCGAACAAGCCCCUGCUUUCUUUUAUA